AUGGAUGAUGUUGUUGUCGAUCCCAAUGAUUUACUUAGGCAAUUCGAUUCUGUAUCUCGUGCUCAACGAUCACUUUUUGCUGAAUUCGAACGUCAACGUAGUCGUCUCAUUCAACUUGUUCGUUGGUAUGAUCAUCAACAAACAGCUCGUGGCACAGAAUUACGUCGUCAAUUUGAACAAGUUAAUAAAGAAAGUCGACGACAAAUAUAUCACCGAUCAAAGAUGACUAUUAAAGAACGUUCUCGUUUGAAACAUAUUCUCGAUGAUGAUGAUGAUGGUAAAAAUCAUUUAUUUUCAAUCAAUCAUUCUAGAACUUGUAUUCAUAGAGAAAAUCCUACAGAUGAAAAAAAACGUCAAGUUUAUGGUUGUUUAUUACCACAAUUCAAAGCUCCAUUAGAAAAAAGUUAUGAUAAUUGGUCACAAGAUUUUUUCUCUAAUCGAUCUGAAUAUCAAAAACGUCUUGAAAGACAACAAUGGUUAAUUAAUAAAUAUACACAAUCACCAACAGAACAACGAAAUCGUAUGAAUAUUAUUAUUGAUAAAUGUUUAAAUGAAUUAGUAGAAUGUGAUAGUGAUGGUUAUGAUCAUUUUCUUCAAACAAGUGAACCAAAUCGAAAUGCACAAAUACUUGCACAACAAAAUAUUAAACAUAAAAAUCAAAAUAAUAUUAAAUAA